CUUGAGUACCUCCACGUAUGGCCUCUUGAAUCGACCUGUGAAGUUGUCACUGAGGCUGCUGUGAUCUACAAAUCAUGACUGACACCUUUGAAAAAGGCAAAACAGCCAUCUUAUCAUGUCACAAGAACACCACGCCAAGAGAAAAGGUUGACUUUUACAACACUAUAGCAGAGGACUUUGAACAGUACAUGGUUGCUCUGGAAUACAAUGCGCCGACUCUGGCAGCGAACAGCAUUUCCUCCCAUUUCAGUGGUGACCAUGAUGCAGCUCUUGUGUUGGACGUGGCCUGUGGUACAGGACUGACCGCCAAAGAGAUGAUGAAAUUUGGAUUUAAACAUUUUGUGGGUGUUGAUGGAAGCGAGGGCAUGUUGCGGCUGGCCAAAAGGACAGAGAUUUACCAAGAUCUCCAAAACUGUAUUCUGGGAGAGGAGCAGCUGCCUAUUCAGUGGGGCACCUUUGAUGUGGUUGUAAUUGUUGGCACCCUGAGUGUGGGUCAGGUUCCAGUUGGUGUAGUCAGAGACUUGUGCAAGGCUGCCAAACCAGGAGGCUAUAUUUGUAUGACAACAAGGAAAAAUCGUGACAAUCUGGAAUAUAAAACAGCCUUGGAGCGCGAGUUGAAACAAAUGGAGGAUGAAGGGUUGUGGAGCUGUGUAACUGUCAAUGAAGUGGAUGACUGGGAGAGAGGAGUAACAGAAUAUGAGAAGGGUUAUAUCCCUGGUGCUGUGUACCUCUACAGGACCAGCGAUGGUCCCAAAAUAUGAAGGAAGAUCAUCGAAAAUUUUAAAUACCUUACUCUACGUUUCCAACUUUUUUUUUGUAGUGAGGUAGAUGGUCGUAGAUUCGAUUAUUUGUCUGUUUGAUGUUCAAUUCUG